AUGGUGUCCGGCGGAGUAGCUGACACUUGUGAGGAUGACACUGAUGAGGAUGACACUGGCGACGAUGACACUCGUGAGAAUGACACUCGUGAGGAAGACACUCGUGAGGAAGAUGCUAUUCUCAGGAGAAUUGCACGCGCCCAACCACACUCCGGAGAUGAUGAAGACCUCCUCGAGAUGGUCCAGGCAAUGGCAGUGAUGCCCGGACACCUCCUCCCGGCUCCCGCAAAUCAGCUGAGCAGGCUCCGCAACACCCUCUCACCUUUGAUCAGACAAAUUUCCGAGCUGCAGCGGGAUCCAGAGCGUAACUGGACAGAUGAGUUUCUCAUUUACGUGACAGCGCAGUCAUUCCCGACCCAGCCGCCACGAUCGACAGUGGAAGCCCUGAGCAACUUGCCGAUGAAUAACCACGUUUCCGAUGACUCUCGACUUCUUCCCCUUAAUAUCCGAGUUUUCUUUUAUGUCCUGCCUAACCUCUACCUUCCUGGUACCUCGCCUCCUCAUCAUGUCCGGAGAGGUCCUCGUCUAGGUAUUUGUCUGGUGGGCUGGCUUCGAGCAUUCACCGACAUUUUCAUGGAUAUCCUCUGGUGGGUAUGGAGCUGGCGGCGUUGGUAA